UUACCAAACCCUUUCUCUCUCGUGUGUCUAUCGUUUUUCCAAAAGAGUAAAAUGUCUAAGCGCUUUAAACUUAAAUUUCCUAAUGUUACUUCUUUCCAAUUCUGCCGUUCCAAAGACCCUUCUUCUUUACCGGAAAAUCCUAAACCGGCAAUUUACCGGCCAUCACCGGUAAAUCCGAAGGUCUUUGACAUCGGCUACCCGUCCACACUGCCGGCUCCUCCCCCUUCAACGCCGGAGUACUCGUUCGUGAUGCGACGCGCCCCCGCUUCAUCGAGGAUUAAAUCGGACGGAUGCGGGUCGACGUGCGCUCAAUACUUUUUCUCUGACUGCAGCACCGGAUUGCCUUGUUGCAAGGUCAAGACGUCGUCGUUCGCGGUGGCGGAAAAGCACUUCGCUAAGAAGAAGAAGAGAUCGAAAGCUGCGAGUGAUUACCGUAGAAAUGUUUUGUUUAGCAGCAACGAUUAUGAUGAAGACGAGGACAGCGUAGUCCUUCUCGAUUCUUCAAGAAGCUUCUCGAAUGAGCUUGCUGAUGAGCCGAUUGUAAUGGAUAUACCGAACGAUAUUCCGAGAGUUCGAUCAAAGGAGAAGGUCGUCGAAGAUUCGAGAAUUCGGAGACUGAAGCGCCAGAGUAACGGUUGUAGUAGCAGUUCUAAGAAUCGGAAAGGAUCAUCGGUGAAAACGGUGGCGUGGCAGGAAACAGACGGGUGCGAGGCGGAGGGGACCAAGGUGAGGGAAAGCGUAGCAGUGGUGAAGAAAUCGGAUGAUCCAUACGAAGAUUUCAAGAGGUCGAUGUUGGAGAUGAUAAUGGAGAAGCAGAUGUUCGAGGCCAGUGAUUUGGAGGAGCUUCUCCAAUGCUUCUUGACUCUGAACUCGCGCCAGUAUCAUGGUGUUAUAGUCGAAGCCUUCUCUGAGAUUUGGGACAUCUUGUUCUGUGAUUCUCCUGUCAAACAACACCGACUCUCCUUUUAAAUUCACGGUUGAGCUCUCUGUUUUUUUCUUUUUCUUUCUUGUUGGGGGUGUUGUGUCUAUUGCAUAUAUAUUAAUAGAUUAAGUCAAUUCGUCUUU